AUGCAGGUCCUACAUGAACCGAUCGACCCGAUCGUGAGAUUUUCAACAGCAUCAACACUUCAGCCGCCCGCACAACCAUCUUUCGAAUCAAGGACACGGGGAUUAGAGCCCGGCGUCGUGGGCUUCGUGGCCAUUGUUGAGCCUCACCCAGACCCAAAUAUGAAAUUUUUGGGUUGGAUGGAUUCGGAGCUGUUGCGGCGACCGGGGAGAGCUGGCGAGACAGGGCAUGGCGGUCAUCGUGCUGGGGUAGGCUCCGCAACGUGUGCGAGACCGGUCGUUGAGGAGGACGGGGGCUAUUCUGGGUCUUUGGAUGACAGUGUCAUUGAGGAGAUCGAGGAGUACGCUCAUGACGACAAUGCGCUCGGUCAAGAUGAGGUUGCAGCAGUGUCCUCGGCACAUGUCGAGCGCCUAUAUGAAUUUAGCUUCCGCGAAGAAGACAGAGUUCAGAUGCACGAAAUGACUGCGAUAUUCCAUGACGGACUGGUCGAGAACUGCGCCAGCAUCAAUGCACGUAUCCACCUCAUUAUCCUCCCCGGUUCUGGGGAAAAGAUCCGCCAGGAAGGGAUCGAAGACAUAAUGCUAUCAUAA